AAUUCUUUUCACCGUGACCCUGGUCUGUCAGGCUGUUCAUUUAGGAAAAGGCCAUGAAAAAGAACAUGAAGAAGAUGUGAAAAGUCUCAAUGCCACAGCACAAAAGCAGCAGCCCAAGAACGAACGAACUAUUAUAAGUGUUCUCAGUGACAUGAAUCAAAGUUAUGAAAGCAGAAAGCAACAGAAUUCCAGGGCAUUGGUACCUUUCACUGGGAUUACAGAGAGUAAAAAACUGAACAGACACUGCUGCCAAAAUGGAGGGACCUGUAUACUGGGGGCUUUCUGUGCCUGCCUAAAACAUUUCACUGGCAGGUACUGUGAACAUGAUGAGCGCAACUGCGGCAGCAUUGCCCAUGGUGCCUGGGUGCUGAAGGGCUGUUGGCUGUGUCGGUGUGGCUAUGGUACUCUGAACUGUCUCUCAGAAAUAAUGCACGAUAACUGUGAAUUGAAAACAGGAAAGGAGGAAAUUACCAGACUAUAUUCUAAUGGGCUAAGAUUACAGCAAACAGCGUUUGCACUCACUUGCCUGCUCACCGUCCUCCUCCAGCUCUGCUGCUGGGAGUUGUGA